AUGCCCGCCAGCAAUGGCCGUUCAGGUCAUGAAAGAGGCGCCGUAGAGCGCUUGCUUAGCCCCUUUCUUGAUAUUGGUCUAGACGUCGACUCUGCAUUCACCAUCCCCAAACAGAUUAGCCAGUUCCAGAUUGGUCUGCUGUCUCUCCCAAAAUCUCACAAGCAGGCUGCUUUUAUGGAUGAUUAUGAUGAACAGCCGGAAGGCGAGGAAGAGGAAAGCGAGUACCAGCAACUUCGGUCCAAACAGCGCGCAGAAGACAAGGUGGGCGAAGCUUGGCAGAUAGGCUUCUCUGUUUCUCCCGAAGCAAGUGGCUUACAGCUGAGCUACGCACGUAAUCUCUUUUCCGGAACGGCCGCCAAUGACCCUGUGCGCUCUGAGUGGAGUUCCGAGGGCCAUUAUGCUUUGCCGCCGGCGAAUGAACCGCGCUCCAUACGGGUUGAAGUGGCCAGUACUGUCAACAUGGAUUUGUCGCUUUCGUGGAAAAUUGAAGGGUCGCGGCAGGUUGGAGAACUGACUCGCAUGGGACUCGGUGUAGGAGUUGAAGGCCCCCAUGGCCUUGUCAUGACGGUCUCGUGGAGUAGACUUGGGCAAAAGAUUAAGCUUCCUAUCGCUGUCUGUCCCAUUGACAUGGUCAAUGCAGACGCUGCCGCGCUUGCUAUCAUAUUUCCAUGGGUGGCAUACUGUGCGUGGGAAUUUGGGUUUAUUCGGCCAAGAGAAAGGAAGAACCGUCGUCGUGUGAUAGCUCGACGACAGAAGGAGCUGAAGAAAUUGGUGCCAAUAAAGAGAGCAGAAAGCCUGCAAGCGACUGAGCUCAUGACUGAACAGGUACGGCGGAGGCAAGCGAAGGAGGAGAGACAGGACGGUCUAGUCAUUACUAAGGCCGAGUAUGGCCAUUAUCCUUCAAAGAAGAAGGGCAACGACGUUGGUAAAGAAUAUGAGGUGGUAGAUGUUACUAUUCCCGUGGCUGGUUUGGUCGACCGUAGCCAGCUGGUGAUUCCCAAGAACAUGGUCAAGCUGUGGUGCUGCUGA